CUUCUCUCCAAAACCCACACCCAUUGUCCUCAAGAAACUCAUCAGAAUCCAGAGAUGGAUUCUCCCACUCAACAAGCGAGGAGAAAGCAUUGUUUCAUGGAGGAAGAUGGUGGGCUGGCCUCCAUAGUUCCAGAUCUUGAGUCUGGGUUUUCUGAAAAUCAGAGGAACAACCAUAUGUGUAAGAUCAGUACUGGGAGUCUGAUCUCUAGGCCUCUCUAUUUGCAGAGGAGGAGCAGUUUUAGAAAUCUCUCCUCUUCAUUUGCCUCUUCACCUAGAUUUGGUGGAAGAAUCUUCUAUGGUGAGGCUAGAUUUGAAGAGGCUCAUCAGCCCCAUUUCUUGGACUCCUGUUUCCUCUGCAGAAAGCCUCUGGGUAAUAGGGACAUCUUCAUGUACAGGGGGGACAUGCCAUUCUGUAGUGAAGAGUGCAGGCAAGAACAGAUAGAAAAGGAUGAAGCCAAGGAGAAAAGUUUGAAUCUUUCUGCAUCCAUGAAAGCCAUGAGGAAGAAAGAUCAGAAAAGAUCUUCAUCUUCUCCUACCAAAUCCUCUCCACAGGGCUACAGUUUAGGUACAGUUGCUGCUGCUUAUGCAUAACAUGAAGGAAGAAGAAUAAAUGGAUAUUUUAUAAGGAACAAAAAAAAGCCUAGAAAGGAAAUGGUUUCCAGGAAGAGAGACCAGGCUUAUACAUAUAUGAGGAAAAUUAUGCAUAAUUUGUAGUAAUUUUUUCUAGUAGUAAUAUUAUAAAUCUAAAAAUGUAAAUGCUGGGGAUGGGGGCUGUUUUGGCUAUGAAGAAAGUGUGAUGGCCCUCUUCUAUGAUGGUCUGCCAAAGUAUUUUUAUUUCUUUGGUUCCCUGUUUAGCAUGUUCCUAUGAUGCAUAUGAGAAGUAAUGUUGAAGAGAACUCUUUCCACUUUUUUUAUUUUCUUCAUUUGAGUGCCUAAGUCUUUCUUCUUUCUUUAUACAAUAAUGAAUUUCCGGUUAU